CACGCACUGACAGUAACCUGUACGCUUGCGCUACGGGCUCCCGAGUGUUUCGCUGCUUAGAAACCGGGUGACAUCGGAAAGAAGAGGGGACACAAGGGCAAGGGGCACAAUGGCUUGGGGUCAAGCGGGGUCAGACAGAGGCCAGCUCCAUAUCAAUGUGCCAUUUGGGGUCACAGCUGUGACACAAUGACUGGCAGUCAUGGAAAAACUCCAAGCGUUUGUACCUGCGAUGGUCCCAUAAACUGGAAUAUUCACCUGAAUGCUGUGCAGUCUGACAGGUUCCUGUCUCUCUUGUUGAGUAUGGUUCCUAUAGCGUGCCACAAAAACCCAGAAGAAAGACUGAAGAAGAUUAAUGGAUUGACUCCCACUGGUCAUGGCUUUAACAUUCGAGCUGAUCAGCACUUGGAAUACCAUCACUUCUCUGAACCAGCGUACCACGGAAACGGUCCUCACUGCUCGAACAUUUGCAGCUCGAAUUAUGACUAUGACAGCUAUGAUUACUGUGAUGGUAGAGAUGCAUCUGAAACUGACGCCAUGCUGCAAGACAGCAGGACCUCUGGAGAUGGAGAUAAAGACUUACUUGUUGAGGGAGCCAAGAGGCCACCGAAAGAAUCUAGUGUUUUCAUGGCCCUGCAGAUACUUGUGCCAUUUUUACUAGCGGGAUUUGGAACUGUGUCAGCCGGUAUGGUGUUAGACAUUGUACAGCACUGGGACGUAUUCAAAAACCUCCCUGAAGUUUUCAUCUUGGUUCCGGCGCUGCUUGGCCUUAAAGGAAACUUAGAAAUGACGUUAGCUUCCAGACUGUCAACAGCCGUUAAUGUCGGAAAGAUGGACUCUCCAAUUGAGAAGUGGAAUCUAAUCAUUGGCAAUCUGGCCUUAAAGCAGGUGCAGGCAACCGUGGUUGGUUUUCUGGCAGCUGUAGCAGCUGUUAUAUUGGGCUGGAUUCCAGAAGGAAAAUAUCGCCUCGAUCACGCCAUACUGCUAUGCUCCAGCAGCGUGGCUACAGCCUUCAUUGCCUCUCUUUUGCAAGGUAUAAUCAUGGUUGGUGUUAUUGUUGGGUCAAAGAAAACUGGAAUAAAUCCAGACAAUGUUGCCACUCCUAUCGCUGCCAGUUUUGGGGAUCUCAUCACACUCGCCAUACUAGCCUGGAUAAGUCAGGGACUUUACUACUGCCUUGAUACAUACUCCUUUGUAUCUCCGCUGUUUGGUUGCUUCUUCUUGGCUCUAACGCCAAUAUGGAUCGUCAUCGCAUCUAAACACCCAGCCACGAGGACCGUUCUUCACUCAGGCUGGGAGCCAGUAAUUACUGCAAUGCUUAUUAGCAGCAUUGGUGGCCUUAUACUAGACACAACAGUGUCAGAUCCGAAUCUGGUUGGGAUUGUUGUCUAUACUCCAGUUAUUAAUGGGAUUGGCGGCAACUUGGUCGCCAUUCAGGCAAGCAGGAUUUCUACUUAUCUCCAUUUACACAGUAUACCUGGGGAACUGCCAGAAGAUGCCAAAGGAUGUUACCAUCCAUGCAGGACCUUUUGUGGAACAGGCGUAAACCAUAAAUCGGCUCAAGUUCUCCUCUCCCUGGUGAUUCCGGGACAUUUAAUUUUUUUAUACACCAUCUAUUUAAUGAAGAGCGGACACACUUCCCUGACUCCUAUCUUCAUAGCAGUUUAUUUAUUGGCAGCUUUGCUGCAGGUAUUUGCUCUUCUGUGGAUUGCAGACUGGAUGGUGCAUCACAUUUGGAGGAAAGGAAAAGACCCAGACAGUUUUUCCAUUCCCUAUCUUACUGCAUUGGGAGAUCUUUUAGGAACGGCCUUACUGGCCAUCAGCUUCCACAUUCUUUGGCUAAUUGGUGACAGAGAUGGAGAUGUUGGAGACUGAAGGAUUUCGUUCCAGGUCAGCUAUUCCUCAGACACAGACUUGUGAUUGUGAGCAAAGUGAAUCAUUCCUGAGGGAGACUGGGAUAUGCCCACUGAAAGACCAAGAAAUGUUAUAUGUUCCAGGGAAAAAAAAAAUCUGAUUAGUUUAAUUGAUGACCAAUAUUAAAUAAGUGAUACAG